AGCUCUGCCACAUCAACAGAAAACAGUGCUCAUUCAAAACUGUCAAUUUUGUUCGUUUAGGAAAUUGUUUGUUAAUUCAUGCUCAGCAACAAACUGCAGAGUUUUCGUUUAACAAUUACAAAAAGAACGGACUAAAUUAAAUAUUCGCAAGAAAUGGAGCUUUCCGAGGGAGUGAAGGAGCGUUUGGGAGUUGUUGUAGGCGCCGUACAGACUGGAUUCCACUGGGGCUUUGUACCCUUUGUCCUGUAUUUGGGUUUUAUGAAGGGAGCUGAGCCCGGCAUGCCGCCAUUGAACAUUUUCAGUUUGUUGUGGCAAUAAAAAUUUAUCCAACCGACCCAAACAUGACCAUUUUCCAGUCGUGUGUCCCACUUUUUGGUUCUGAUUGGAUUCCUGGGCACUUGCGCAGUACCUGCAGUUACUGGAAAUAAAUUUCUGUUACAUAAAAAAUUCUAAUUGUGCCAUGUAUCCUUAAAAACAAACAAUUUCCCAACUAAAAUAUCAUUCUAGUACAAGUUAA